AUGGUAGUAAUUGAAGAGCACCGCUGGACUCCUCUCCUGCUUGACCGGGAGAUGAGGAAGUGGCAGUUGAGCGGCGUGGUUCUGCUGUGUGUCUACAGGACCUGCUUUUCAGGGGAAGGUGGGAAUCGGAGCGAAAGACCUCAGGAGGCCACGUGGGAGGAGGCCCCCUCCUCCGUGACAGACCGGGGUGUGGGGGGGGCAGGGGGGCGGUGGUACGGCAAGCAGGGCACUUCUCUGGCCCACCUUGGGCGGUGGUGGGUGGGUCUGGGGAUCCCUCGGGCUUUGCCUGCUGGGAACCAGAGAAGGGACCUCUCGCUUAAUGUGCUUCUUGCUUUGGGGUCAACUCGCCUCCAGGCUUCCCUGGGCAAGCGAUCAGCGGCAGGAGGGUCCCAGAGGAGAAGGAUGGGCCCCAAACUUGAACUCAGUACGAUACAGAAGCAGGAAAUGCGGCAGGCGUUUGACCUGCUGGAUGCCGACGGCACCGGGACCAUCAACGUCAAGGACCUGAAGGUGUCCAUCAGGGCUUUGGGCUUUGAACCCACCAAGGGAGAACUCCGGAGAAUUGUGGCUGACGUGGAUAAGGAAGGCUCAGGGAAGAUCGGCUUUGAUGCCUUCUACUCUGUGAUGACUCGGAAAAUGUCUGAAACAGACCCUGACGAGGAGAUCCUGAAAGCUUUCAAGCUGUUUGAGGACCAGGAGCGUGGAAAAAUCUCGUUUGAAAACCUCAAGCGCGUGGCCCACGAGAUUGGGGAGCAGCUGACGGAUGAGGAACUGCAGGAGAUGAUUGAUGAAGCUGAUCUGGAUGGAGACGGGGUAGUGAACGAGCAGGAGUUUUUGAAGAUCAUGAAGAGGCACGACUAUUAGCCGAAUUCC